UCCUCUUCAUAGCCUUCUUCGUCUCAACCCUUUUUCAUUACAUCCAUCUCCUACGUUUUUCCUUUAACAAGCUUCAAGCUUUCCAAGCGGUGAUCUUCAACCCACAAAAGGGCAAAAAAGAAAAGAAGAUGAAGCGAGCCUUCGAAAUCACCUUAAUAUCCGCGGAGAACAUACGGCUCAACAAAAAGCCAGUGAAGAACGCGGUCGUGGCGGUUCGAGUGGAGCCCGGCCACGAAUGCUCCACCAAACCGGCGCCGGACAAAGGAACAAACCCUCGGUGGAACGAGAAUCUCAUCGUUGACUUGCCGCUUCAUGCGGGCUUCAUUACCGUGGAAGUGAAGUGCAAGAGCUCGUCGGGGAGUUACAAGCUCGUCGGCGGAGCGACAGUCCCGGUUUCGGAUUUCGCCGGAGAUCCUGGCGCACCCAAGGGUCACGUGCAUUUUCUGAGUUAUAGGUUGAGGGAUCCUCAUGGCGUGAGGACGGAUGGCAUCAUUAACAUUUCGGCGAAAAUGGCCGCGCCGGCACCAUCACACAAGUGUGAAGUUCCACGACCGGAGAUCGGAGUGCCGGUAGGUGACCAGAGGAAGAUGAUGGCGGCUGGUGGAUUGGUAACUGGAGUCCCAGUUUGGUACGCCCAGCCUUGUAGAUGUUGAACCCAGAGCUGAUCAUACUAAGUUGACCUUUUCUGGUUGACUGUUUUCUCUUGAGCUAACAUGACAUUGUAAACACAACAAGUGCAAUGGGAAAUUUCCAUGGACCAAUAAUA